UCUUUUUACCAAAAAAUUAUGGCAUUUUCGACGAGCUGAGGCUGAAAGAGUUUAUCUUUAUCAAAGAAUACUAACUUCUGAAUGGACCGAGAACAGGAAAAACCAACGCAGAAUAAGAUACGAGCUCCGGAAUCACUCAAACAUCGAUGCAGCAAAUUUUGUGAUAUCCCGAUCUACGAAUAGUCCGAAUUCCACCUUGGAUUAUUACAUUUUUCCUAAAGCUUUGAGGAAAAACGAUAAUUAUUAUCACUACCACAUGAAUGAUGCCCUUUAUGGUAGAUUACCCAAGGUAUCUCCAUUCAAAGAGAAGUUAUACGAUAGAUGCAGUGUAGUAGGUAAUAGUGGUAUUCUACUCGACAGUCAAUGCGGAGAGGAUAUAGAUAAAUCCGAUUUUAUAUUUAGAUGCAAUAUAGCACCGAUUGCGCCAUUUAGAAAGGACGCAGGUUCGAAAAGUAAUCUUACAACUAUGAAUCCCAGUAUUUUCUUCAAAAGGUUUGGAGAACUUAAAUCAUCUCAAGAUAUGUACGACUUUCUAGGGAACAUCUCAGAAUACAACGGUCAUAUUUGGUUGCCUUGUUUUGCAGCAAACCAUCUCACCAAUAUAUGUCUUAAAGCUUUCUUCAAUUUCAAUGUUAGCAGUCCCGCUGCCAUCUUGGCCAACCCUGAUCAUUUUGUGCAGAUUAUGAAGUUCUGGUCAGAACGGAACCACACCAAGCUAUUGUCGUCAGGUUUCUACAUUACCCAUGUAGCCUUACAGAUGUGCAAGGAAGUGCACCUCUAUGGCUUCUGGCCUUUCCCUGUCAGCGUCAGCGAAAAUGAGCUAAAAGAACAACCUUGUCAUUACUUCAAUGGGGAGCCUUUUACCCGAUCUCACAAUAUGGAUGAUGAAUUCCGGCUGCUCUUUCAGAUGCACCAACACGGUGUCCUUAAGAUGCAUGUCGGCGAGUGCCCAAGUGCAUCCGGAAAGAUUCGGAAAGCUUCGGAAGAUCGGACAAAAACGGAAGCUUGGUUACCUCACGAUAUCUCAAGAAGAUGAAAACGGUUCAAAAGCGCGUCAUUUCCAGAAGGACCAGCGCGUUUAUGACGGGUGUACAGACGGAUUCUCGAGCAGAUAUCCUUCGGUUUGAAUUCACCCUGAUGUCCUCAUCCUUUGAUAUCCACCAUGUAACCCUCGACAUGUCGCAUCAACAGAGUUCUAUGGAAUCUAAACGUGUACUAUCCAAUGUGUGACACAGUUUUCACUCUGCGGCGCACAAUGGAUUAAAGAAGACUGUAAAUGUAUUCAAAAUGCCUGUCAAGUGACAAAGAAUAACUGGGAGGUCUUUGUCGAAAAUUGUUGAAAUGGAACAGUAGUUAGUCCUAAGUUUCGGAGCUGACGAAAAAUUGCCAAUACGUGUAUGUGGUUUGUUCAAAGUCCAGGAUGAAACAGCUAUUUUGAUUCACCAAUAUUCGACAAAGACUUUUGGUUGUUCUCUGUCUUGAAGGGCAUUUAAACAUGCGUUUUCUGUAUUCUUGAAUCUGCCGUGCUCCGUGGUGCAAAGAUUGCCUACUGGCAGCUGUCAACGUGUUCAUGGUGACAUUAGCAUGCAGAAUGGACGGAAAGUGUUGUGUCGAGAACAUGUAAAGAUGGUUUAUGUAUUUGAACGGUGAAUGCUUGCAAAUGUAGCAAAAGUGGGCACUUGGACCACGGGCUCGCAAAAGUUUCAUAAGGUUCGAAAAAUUGCACAAGAAAGUUCAUUAACAGUCAUGAUAGUCGUACAGUUUACAUUGUCGAAAAGAAAUUUUGAACAGUUCUUUUAGGGCGUUCAAAACUUCUUUAUUAACUUCUUUAUAUUUCCACAAACAACUGCUAGAAUUUGCAAAAUAGACGUUAUGAAUUUGUGAACGGUUGUGAGAUAAUGUCGCUUAAGGUUUUCGUUUUUAAAUAUUUUGUUUUUGUUUUUAUGGAAGUGGAAGGGCAUUGACCAAAUUUGACAAACUCAAUUAAAAUACCCUUUUGCCGCAGUCAUUCAACGUUCAGAUCCAUAUAUAUUUAUCGAGCUCGAUAGCAAGAUCCUCGACAUCAUUUCAAUGGAACCUGCCUUACCUGCGUGCUUCAGUAUCUAAGCUUAUUAGAGUUCAGCGACGUACCUGCGUACGAGGCUAGAUCAGCGACGCGGACUUAUACGCCCGCGUCGCUAAUAGCGUCGUUGAGCGAAAACUAUUAAGCUGCAACACGUUUUUUUUCCUCUGAAGACGAUCCGCACAUAGACCUACGAGCUGCAUGGUAACUCCAUGAUAUGCAAAAGAAACAUUUCAUUGCAACCGCUGUGUGCUGAAAUCAUAUGUUCAUUAUCUUUGUUUUAGAAAUGACAUGGACUUCUUCCUCAACUAUAGUAUGCAACUCAAUCUAGUGUACAGCUUGAUUGUGAAAAAUAAUCUCACAAAACUUUGUGUAAUUAUCAUGGUUGAUGGUGAAGGCUGAAUCGUAUAAACCACUAUUUGUCCCUACCGCAGAACGAAUACUCUAAGUAACCAAAGACACGUAGGCCUACUUUCUUUUUAACAUAGGAUUUUACCAAAGAGAUUGUAUUUUCAUGUAUAGACAUUUUGGGGUAUUUAAUUGUAAAAAAAGAAAAGAAAAAAAAGAAACGUAGACCUUUCUGAGAGAACAGAUCAACCGAGGUAGGCAUUGUUGCCCAUUAAGAUUUCUAUUCCUUCAAAUGUACAGUGUUCUUUCCUUUAUCUUAUAGGUAUAAAGCUUAUUUAUGACGUCGGAAAAGACAAUGAUCAUUUAAUCAUUUGGAUUUCUGACUCUCCUCUCCCUCUUAAUAUUUGGACUAUGGUUGACCAGGCAUGACGAUACAUUGUUUCUGAUUUGGUCUAAUCCGUCGCCGAAGACGGGUGUUUGUAUUUUAUGUCGGUUUAAGCUGAUUCUUACUUUAUAUUUAUUGGAUGGCGAAAUGAAUGGAUGAUUGAAAGGAUGGAUAGACGAAUGAAGAAAUUAAUGGAUGUAUCAGUUCAUCAAUAAACAACUGAUCAAUCUAUCUAUCUAUUUAUCUAUCUAUAUAUAUAUCAAUCAAUCAAUCAGUCAGUCAGUCAGUCAGUCAAUCAAUCAAUCAACAACUAAUCAAUCAAUCAACAACUAAUCAAUCAAUUUAUCAAUCAAUCAAUCGAUCAACCAACCAAUCAAUAAAUCAAUCAACAACUAAUCAAUCAAUCAAUUAACCAGUAAGUCAAUAAUCAAUCAUUUAAUCAACCAAUCAAUAAAUGAGUGAAUAAAUGAAUGACUGACUGACUUAAUGUUUGAAUGGAUGAAUAAACUGCGUUCAUAAUUAUCAAUAGAAUAUAAGGCAAGGCAUAUUAUGGUUAGAGUCUGCAUACUUUUUUUGUAAACCUAAAGAAUAAACAUCUUCAAAGUUUGAAUUCAUUCAUGACAACCGGAUCACUUUAAACGGCAUUACGUAAUUAAGAACAUGGUGUGGUAUGACUUUCACGAUGCACGAGUUUGCUCUGCGGGUAAAUUGGUAAAUAACAAAAGGUUUUUUCUUCUGUGUUAUUUGGAGUUGCAAUAUGUAUAUUUACAUAUAUGUAUAGUAAAACUUAAUGUAUUAGGCAUGUGUUUCUACGCUCGGUAUUUGGAAACGGCAUGACAUCAUGAAUGUAAUUCAGUUUGCUAUAGUUUGUAUUUAUAUUUCAUUUUCAAGUUAUAAAAUGUUAACUUAUAAAACUACACUUGACUUAAAAGUGGUAUGAAUAACAUAUCUUUCUUGUUAUCGAAGUUUGUAAAAUUGUCAGAUCUUUUAUAAGAAAUAUCAGUGUUUUCUAGGAACCAAACUAAAAGUUACUAUAGUAUUUCAAUUCGCGGUAUUAGUUAAACAGAUAUUUUCGAUAAAAUAUUUGAUUUUCCUAUUUGACGUUAUACUUAAAUAUCUAAAACCUCACAAAGGUAUGCGGUCCUUUAGUGCAUUGACCUGUGUUACCCACACUAUUUUCGGACUUUGUAACUACAUUUAUGUCAUAUUUAAAUAUUGUGCACUGUUAGAAAAUGUAUCCUUGAAAUAAAAGAAGUUCCUGCAGCAGAGUCUCGAGAACACUUGUAAUCUUACCAGAUUGUGUAAUGUUACAUUAUAUCGUGUAAAAUUACAGGAAAUUGGUAUUUGAUGUAUGAAACCUUACAAAUUUCCUUAAAUAAUACACAAUUUUCCCCUUUUUAAACAGACCUGUUCUGUUAAAUUGCAGAAAAAUACCCGUUUUAUGAUUUUACAGAAUGAUUCUGUUAUUGCUUUCUGCAAAAUCUUGUUAUUUCUGUAAAAUCAGGUUUUUUUAACAGUGUGUUCUAUUUCAGAAGCUAUCGGUGCUUACAUGUAUUUAUGUAAGCGAUGACGUCGCAUGGUAAUAAAAAACAUAUAUUUUAUAAAAUCAUGGUUCACUUUAAAACAAUUUUUUUUCCUCAAAUGACCCAUAUUUUUCAUUAUGACGAGCACUUUACACAUUUUCAAAUGAAGAUGUUGCUUAAGCUUUCCCGGCAAAGCAUUCAAAUUCUAAGAACGAAAGGCAUUGUAUACUAGACCAGGUGCAUAGUACAUCAGGGGUAAAGUCCCGGGGGUAAAGUUUGGAAAUCUGUAUGUAUUAUUUCUGCUUUUGGCACAUUUGACUAUUGUUUCAUGGGCUACUGCCAAAUACCAUUGAUUAUGAAAAUGUCGGUGAGUUUGAAAGCCAUCUCCAUGGUUUAUCUCAAAUGACCUUUUACUGCUCGUGCGCUGUUGGUCUAAAACAAUUCGACUUGUGGAAAGUCGACUAAUGCAAGUAGAACACGCAUCAUUCUCCAAAUUUUUAAGUGUUGUGCAAUUCCUUUUAUGACAUCCUCAUUGUACAAUUUUACUCUGUGAUCAUGGUUUUUUUUCCUUCUAAUGUUUGAAGGGAUGGUACCUCUUCGAUGAAAAUUAAGGACAUAAUUCAAUUUAAUUCAAUUUAUUUUUCUCAGUAUAAAAACAACAAUAUAAAUAGUACAAACAUGAAAUAAAUAAAAGGAAAUGGUGAUAAGAAUGUUGACUCUAUACGUGUAUAGUGAGAGGAAUAAGGUUCAGUAUUUUAUGAAUGGUUUAUAGCUGUUUCUGAAGAUAUUCUUUCUUAUUAUGAUUCUAAUUUUAUCUGUUUUCAACACAAACAAUUAUUAUCUGAUACAUUGGUCAUUUAAUCAAAAUAAUGUAACGGUAUUGUGCUACGAUAGAAUCGGAUAAAUUUUGUAAAACUUGUGCUGAUACUUAUUGCCCUGAGAUUUCAGAAAUUAAACUUUGUGAAAAUCUGAGUGAGAGGUUUUUAAGCGUAUAUCAUGUUUCAUAGCUUUGUGAAGUGGAUAUUAAAUACUGGAAUCAUAUAGAAUGGAAAAGACAUAAUGGACAUGUUGAAAAACACAAGCUGCUAUGACACAUGGAUUAUUGGAUAUCGUACAGGCCUACCUCAGUACCAUAAGGGUAUUUUCAAGUGUGUGAAUUUAAAGUUGCUUUAGAUUUUACUUUGAGGUAAAAGGGAACCAAAACAAUCUUGCCUUUGUUUCAUACUUCUUAGUUGGUAUACAUUUCGUUUUUUAUCGCCAACGUCAUACCUUGGAUUUUACUGGAUGUAUCCUCAUAUGUAGUGUGUAUGCCAGCUACGUUGUUGUGGAUUGUAGAUGUGUUUGCGAAGAAGUGUGAUCAACUUUUAAAUAUGAAGUGUAGGCCUAUUUUAAAUUAAUUCUUGCAAAAUUUACAUUUUUUCUCUUGGUUUGCGAGCAACAUAAAUUACCAUGUACAUGUAGCACUGGAUUAUGAUUAAAUAUGAAUCUCAAUCUGAAUAUAAAUAUGUAUGAUAUUCUGGAUGAUACCACUCUGUACAAAGUUAUAUUGAUUGUAUUUAAUGCUCAAUCUAGUACUUCAGUUUAUGAAAUAAAUCGUAUGUUUGAAUAAGUCAA